CCGGUCGGCGCCCUUUGAUGUCGGGACUCUCGCCAUGUCUUGGGCUCAAAUGAGCUGUUUGCUGUUGUAGGGAAACAUUAGUCCUCUACCAACCAACCAGCCGGGGGACGCCACAUCUCAACUUUUUUUCUGUAUGUGGUGGGGGUUUCUGCACUUUGGAGGCGCCCCAGACUGAGGAGAUUUAACUGAAAAAGUACAUUGGUUCUUUUUCUUUAUUUAUACUAUCUUGUUAUUAUUUUUUAAAAGUGUGAAAUAUCCACGAAGGGGGGAAGUAGACAUGCCUCAGCUCAGCAGCGGCGGCGGGGACGACCUGGGAGCGAAUGAUGAGAUGAUAGCGUUCAAAGACGAAGGAGAGCAAGAGGAGAAAAUCCAAGAAAACGCGUUCACGGAGAGAGACCUGGCCGACCUCAAGUCCUCUCUGGUGAACGAGUCGGAAAUAAAUCAAAGUCCGAACGCAGCGGCGGUCAGACGGGGACAGCAGGGCGAGCAGAGGGGCUUCGUGGAGAAACACCGGGAGCAUCUCGACGGUGUGUCGAAGCAGCAAGAUGGAGGCAUGUACAAGACGCCGGCGUAUCCUGGCUAUCCAUUCCUGAUGCUGCCUGACCCCUACCUCCCCAACAGCUCAGUUUCUCCAUCUUCCAACAAAGUGUCGGUGGUGCAGCAGUCUCAUGGGAUGCACCCCCUGACGUCCCUCCUGCCCUACAGCAACGACCACUUCAGCCCGAGUCCUCCACAUCUGCCCACAGAUAUGAGCCAGAAAACAGGCGUUCACAGGCAUCAGUCCCAGGACCUCUCAGGGUACUACUCCCUCCCUCCAGGUGGUGUUGGACAGAUCACUCCCUCCAUGGGCUGGCAAAGCCAGCCAGUCUAUCCUGCCCUGUCCCCCUGUGGAUUCAGGCAACCCUACUCCUCCAACCUCCCCAGCGCCUCUUCCUACUCCAGGUUCCCUCACUCUCUGAUGCUUGGCCCAUCGGGCAUGCAUCCUACAGGGAUCCCCCACCCAGCCAUAGUGCCCCCUACAGGGAAACAGGAGCAUGAACAGUAUGACAGGGGCAUGUAUGUGAAGCAGCAGGUGGAGCCUAAGCGGGAGAAGGAGCCCAAGAAGCCGGUCAUCAAGAAACCCCUGAACGCCUUCAUGCUCUACAUGAAGGAAAUGAGGGCGAAGGUCAUCGCCGAGUGCACGUUAAAGGAGAGCGCCGCCAUCAACCAGAUUCUGGGGCGGAGGUGGCAUGCAUUGACCCGGGAGGAACAGGCCAAGUACUACGAGUUGGCCAGGAAGGAGAGACAACUCCACAUGCAGCUCUACCCGACCUGGUCUGCCAGGGACAACUACGAGGCGGGCCUUAGCGGGGUCGCAGGGGAAAAGAGUAAAGCUGAUUGGGGCAAGAAGAAGAGGAGAAAAAGGGAGAAGCAGCAGGACUCCAACACAGACCCGGGCUCUCCUAAGAAAUGCCGGGCUCGCUUCGGCCUCAACCAACAAACGGACUGGUGCGGUCCUUGCAGGAGGAAAAAGAAGUGCAUUCGCUACCUUCAAGGAGGAGGCUGCCCCAGCCCAACUUCUUCAGAUUUAAGUGCUAUAGACUCUCCCCCAUCCUCCUCCCCAGCCCGCCACCCUCUCUACCAGCACCAGCGCCAGCAGCGCCCCCCCUCCCCAGGAUGCUCCCCACCGCCCACCUCUCCGUCGACGCGCCUUCCCUUGUCUCCGCCAGCGCACACACGCUCGCACACUCGCUUACCCCUGGACCAGUCUGCAGGCAAACGCGGCGACCUCCGGCCGCCCCCGACCAAACACGCCCACACACACCUGGAACUGUCCAGCAAGCAGACGACACACAGCUCGACGACGGCACUGUCUGCUGCCAAGGCCGCAGGACUUUCUCUCAAAGUGCUAACAGAGACUCAAUGAUCAUCCCACUCCUGCUCACAUCCCCAACCCCGUUCACCUCAGCUUCCUCCAGAGCCAUGAAGAUCACCUUCCUCACCUGAUUUCACUCUCACAUUUAUCAUUAUAGAUUUAGCAUCUAUCAGCUGUGUCUCAGUUCAGAGGCUGGUUUCUGCAAAGUCUGUGUUUCUAGGCCAACUACAUUAUUAACAGGUCAACAAGGCUUAGUCUUCCUCAAAGCCUCCUUCACAUGGUCAGUUCUUUAAUGAACCAUUCAGGAAAUCCUGAAAGACUGGAAAUACCACAUAACCACAUCAGAUUGACCAGAUACAUGUGAUUCACCAGUCACUGGGAAAUCUAACACAUGAUCUAAACCAAUGAAAAGCCACAGCAGGAGGUAAACUGGACAUGUAGUUAACCAGAUUUAUUACAUGUGCAAAAAGAAAUAUAUAUAUAUAUACAACUGUUAACCAGUGGUCCAUCAUUUAUUCAUCACAGUUCUUUGGACAAGGAGGAAAAGACUUAGUUCUGGAGGGUCCAGCCUCUGAACUGUUGACUGAAAACCCCCAUCAACUCUAGACCACACAGUUCCAGUUGUACGGAGGCAGACCUGCACUGAAGGCAGAAUUCAUCUGGAGCUUAAGUGAUUAGUUUUACCUUGAGGACAGCUCUGCCUCUGAGAAAUAAUUUCACAAAUAACUCAUCAGCCCCUUGGCGCUUUUUUCCUUUUCUUUUCUUUUCUUUUUUUCUUUUUUUUUUUGUUGUUUUUUGUUUGUUUUACAGCUGCCCCUGUGUUUUACCCUCCACGACAAUCAUAAAAUGUUUUGUAAAAUGCUCUUAAUCAAAUGAACUACAUCAACACAUGCAGACAGAAUUUGAGCAGUAACAGCUAAUUCAGCGACAGCGCGAGAGGCUUGUUGCGCAAGACUUACAGUGUUGUUACAUACAUGGUUUAUCCUCCAUAGCAACAAAGGAGAUGCCAUCGUUUUUUUUUUUUUUUUUAACAUAUCACCAUCACAGCUAUCAGUCUGACAAAUUACCCACCAUCCACCACAGUUACUGAGACCAAACUAUUAAUCCACGAGAGGGGAGCAGAGACCAACAACCAGCCAGCCUGACCAGCAGAACCUCAGCUCUGGAGAGGGACAGAUUCACUUUUGUAGCUGCCAUUUUCUUAACUGUUGACUUCAGUUUCAUUACAUUUCCAAACAUUUUUAUAAAUACCUGUGUAGCUCCUUUGACUAACUCUCUCUUUGACUAAAAAAAGAAAAUUAUUUACAGCAGGUAAAAACAAGUUUCAGCAAGAAUUCCAUCUGUAAGUUACAUUAUGUCUUCUAGGCACUUUCAGGCUCUGUCAGUCUCUUGCUUUAUCAACUCUUACCUUGUUGUUCUGUUUUCUCCUUAUUUGGGGUAUUUCUGUAUAAAUCUCAUAAUAUUUUGUUUUGUUUUGUUAAGGUCAGAUGUUUUUGCUGGUGGGGAAACCCUCGCAGAGAGACAAGAGGGUUUUUUUUUUUUUUUUUCUUUUGGCUGUUUGACUGAAUAUUUUGCAGCUCCGUAAACUAAUCUGAGACCAAAUGGGUACUAUUAUAUUGCAUUGUGUUGUAAAGUUUUAUAAAUGUUGAAUUCCCUAUUAUAAUUAAACUUUUAUAUGUUUUUAUGUAAAAAAAGAAAAAAAACUGAAAUAAGUAAAAAAAAAACAAUCUUUUAGUUUCCACAAUUUCUUAAAGCAAUACAUUUUGUGUUUGUCCUUUUGUGCAGAAUUUUACUUUUUGGUCAAGUGUUACUGCAGCAGCGUUCAAAUGAUAUUUUUUUGUUCUCAAUCUGUGCAUGUUCCAACUUUAAUGUAACAAGAAGACGUUUUGACUUUAAAAAAGGCUUUAAUUUACUGUUCUGCUUGCAUCUUCAGACUCAGCUUACAAAUCUGUGGAACAAUUGUAGGCUGAGCUUUGUACAGCAAAACCGUUUUUCUCCAGCAGAGAGAGCUCUUGUGCUAGAAAUAGCUUGUUUUAAUUUGAGAGCGUUUAUGUCAGUAGUGGGAACGCCUUGAACAUGUCUUUUGUAUUUUUUAUGCCUCAAACGCCUCUGAUGUAUUACUUUUGUUUUUUGUUUUUGUUUGAUGUAUUAAAAGUGUUUUGAAUAUCA